ACAAACCACCGAGCUGGUCGGUAUACAAAACCUUUCUUCACCUCACUGUCUUGUCUCAUUCUCAAACACUAAAACUACUAGAAAAAAAAUUAUAUACACUACUGUAUAAUAGUUAGAUAUGGGAAGAGCUCCUUGUUGUCAAAAAGUAGGGUUGAAAAGGGGAAGAUGGACAACUGAAGAAGAUGAGAUCUUGACUAAAUAUAUUCAGACCAAUGGAGAAGGUUCUUGGAGGUCAUUGCCCAAAAAUGCAGGAUUACUAAGGUGCGGGAAGAGUUGUAGAUUAAGAUGGAUUAACUAUUUGAGAACCGACCUUAAAAGAGGGAACAUUUCUAAGGAAGAGGAAGACACAAUUGUAAAGCUGCACACUUCUUAUGGCAACAGGUGGUCCAUGAUAGCUAGCCACUUGCCAGGAAGAACCGACAAUGAAAUUAAAAACCAUUGGAAUUCUCACCUAAGCAGAAAAAUUUACAGUUUCUCCAAAAUAUCCAACACUACGGAGCCAAAGAUUAUAGAUAUUCCUCCUCCUAAGCGUAAAUGUGGCAGAACAAGUCGUUGGGCAAUGAAGAAAAACAAAAACUACAAAAAACAAAUCGUCACUAAUACUAACAAAACCGUCACUAAUAUUGAAGAAACUGUCACUAUUGAACCUGAAGUUCAAAUUCCACGGACACCGUCACUAGAAAAUGAGGUUGAGGUGGUAAAAACAACAUAUGAAGAAGAGAAAGAAGAAACUUGUGAUUAUGAAUCAUGUGACGACAUCAUAGUACUGAGUGAAUUAUUAGAUAGCAUUAAUGAAGAUAGUGGGUUGGAAAAUUGUUUGGUGAAAACAUGUGGUACUGUUUCAAAUUUAAGUGAAGAGAGAGAAAUGGUGGGUGAUAUGGUUAUGGGUGAAGAGAAUGAUGUUGAUGUGUGUCUUAAAAAUCAUAAAUUGGAUUCAUGUGAUAGUAGUGUGAAUAAUUACCAAAGCAGCUCUAACAAUGGGGAAAUUAGUGAUGAAUGGACCUCAAUGGGAUUAAAUUUUGAUCAUGAUGAUAAAUGGAAUUGGGAAAGUGUGAUGGAGUUUAAUAUUUUUGAUGAUGAUGAUAAUGAUGAUAGUUUUAGGGAGCAUAAAGAAAAGAUUUUGAAAUUGUUGUAUGAAGAUGAUGAUAAUAAGAUGUUGGGAGAGAUUGAUCCUCAGAAACAAAAUGAUUUGAUUGCUUGGUUUCUCUCUUGAAUAAAGAAUGCAUGCAUGUAUGUGUUCUGUUUUUGUGUGUUGAGAAUUUUUCUUUUGUAUGGUUUUUAGUGUCUAGUUUUUUUUCUUAGUGGAUGAUUUAGUGUGUACAUCCUCCCUCGUUCAUUAUUAUAAAUAAAAUUUAUUUUUUAAAUCA